AAUAAUAAAAAAGAGGUAGGGACGGACAGGUAAAGAAGGAGGGAAAAAGAAAAGAGAGAUGGCAGUAAGCGCCACGGUGAUCGGAGCACUAUUCGGGCUGGGCACUCAGUUUUACUCCAACGGCAUCCGCCACCUCCCUUACAUGCGACAUCCGUGGGAGCACGUGUUGGGAAUUGGUCUGGGAGCAUUGUUCGCGAACCUGCUGGUAAAAUGGGAGGCUCAGGUGGAACAAGACCUUGAUAAAAUGCUCGAAAUGGCCAAGGCAGCCAACGAGCGCCGCUACUUCGAUGAAGAUGGUGAUUGAUGCUUUCCCACUAUCAUCGUGCACCAAGCAAGCAACUGUGGUCAUAAAACUGGUUUGGAUUGUUGGUGGAUGAUGGAUGGAUGAUUAGGGACUGUAUGUUUGUUUUUCAAGCCUGUCGAACUUUUCUGCAUUUGCUUUUUUGUAGUUGAAUUUAAGCUUCCAUGCCUUCUGGGUGCAAACUCUCCUCUUUUAAUAAUUAAAAAUAAU